UCCACCUGCCUGGUCUGACGAAACGUUUGACUCCGGAUGAAAAACAUUAAUCAAACAAUUCUGAAAGUGAUGUGUGAAACAAACUGUUGCCAAGGUGUACAUAUUGAUUGGUGAAUUAUUUUUUUUGUUUAGUAUUAGUACUGAGAAUUAGCGUGUAUGUCAACAGUUGGGCAAUCAUGAGACGUCUUCACAUUGUUCCAAUUACCCAGUUUCUUGGCGGGCUUUUCUGAUUGGCUGCUGCACUGUUGCCAUUUCUUUCAAAUGAGGUUAAUUAAUACAAUUGAUGGAGAUAUGAAAAGUUUUUAGAUGGAAUUUACAGGGAAUCGAAAGCUUUGGUAUACUAGAUAGAAUAUACAUCUUUAAAUUCAUCUUGUUUAAAAUUGCUUUUGAGUGUUGUUUUCUAAAAAUAUAAAAAAAUGCUAAAUUAAAAAGGAACUGAGCAAAAGGAAGAACUGACACACUUUAAGAAUUUUUUGGAAUGAUGUCAAUAAUUAAUUGGAAUUCACUGCAAUAUAUUUCGUAAUAAAAUUGUGGAGUGAAGUGCAUUGAACAAGAUAUAAUUUGAUAAAAUUUGCAACAGACAUAUUUUAUAAAUGCAAUGAAAUGUAAAGUUCUUGGAUUUUCUGAUAAAUAGGAUGGGCAUAUACAUGAACUAUUAUCAUAGCUGUUCAGAACUAUUUGCUGAGUUGUUCUAAUGAAGAUUUGGUGCCAACAGUUCUACAGAUUACAGAACAGAAAUAUUGUGCUUUGGACUAAAAAGUUCUUGGCUGUUCUUUUAUUAUGGAUAUGCUGUUGUUGCCCAGGUGACGAAUCACAUCCUCUGUCCACAACUUCUCACGUGCAGUCUGUGACGUUAGAGUGUCACGUGAUAUUGGAAGACUUGUAUGGAAGAUACGCACAGCUAGCUUGCAGUUGCAAGUGCUGGUUACGGUGCCAAGAAACUCAAAAGUGCUUGAAGUGGUAUUCAUUAAUCCGUUCAGUAGCCAGUUCAAUAUCGUUUCACUCAUCUGAAUUGUCAACAUUGAAAGAAAUCUUAGCCAAUACCUACAGUUCUUGUUGCGAGCAGCUAUCUGCUUCACUUUUUCAGCGGGAAGGAAACACGCCGGACUUCACUCUUGAAUGCAGUGCGAGUUCAAAAAUCCCUGCCAACCUAUCUCACUGCGGUAUCGACUGGGGCCAUAGUUGCUGUUUAGUGUUUUGCUCAGAUAAUGUAAACCACGAUGCCUGUUCGUAUUUUAAACCAGACUCAUCCAUUCAUCAUCUUUCCUCCUUCAAUCAACUGCAGCAGCAGCAUCUGCCUACUACCAGGCACGAACAGACUGAGGAAGUGAAAGAAAAAGAAGAAAAAAGGGAAAACGUGUUCCACCAGUCGAGACAGAGGCGGCAGAGCAGUGGAUUCCUUCCUCCAUUCCGAAUUGAAAUUUUGGAAACAAUAAAAGAAAUUGCAGUACUUCAACCCUUUAAUCUUUCAAUACGGCUUGUGGACAAUAAUAUAAAAGAAGUAUCUUUUCCUUCUUUUGUUCUUUUUGUUCUGGAACUAAUUAAUGCAAGAACAGAAGUGUGA